AUGUCUGGCUAUGUAAGUACCAACUGCAGUUGACAGAGAAGCCGAAUUGCCUCUGCUGUUGCUCUGGCCAUUUCUGUUGGUGCGCAUUGUGGUGUGUCACAGAGCACGGCCGCUUCUAAAGCGUCUCUCUGUCAUCUCUUGGCCGAGUUAAAUAUAGCCUUCUGUGGGUGCCCUCAGGGAUUAUGCUGCUCAAGGUUGGAUUUCGACUCCUAGCAAAGCGUCCAGAUAGGCCUCUGGACAUUCAAAGUGACUGCUGUUUUUGCUGUUAAAUGAUAAGUUUCUAGUUCAUAGGACUGUGGCAAAACACACACACACGAAGGCGCUGCUGUGUCUUAAAUGACAGGGCUUUUCGAUUUGACGCAUGGAAUCAAAUUGGGGUUUUUUUAAAAAAAUAUUGCUUCAUGUUGUGAAAUGGUUUAGUAUGUGAGUGUUAUAGUAAUGAUGCAUUGUUCUGAAUUUUAGCGGUUUUGUGGUGUGCUGGUUUGAGCAUGUAUUUAUAUGGAAAAGCAGCAUAAAAAUGUUAAUCAUGACAUCAGGUUGUGGUGCGUGGCACUGGACACCCAUGACGACACCUGUAAUUCUGAGCCCCAGUUCAGACUCUGUAUUUAAGCUAAACUUAGUAUGUUUUAGGAACUCAGUUAGCAUUUUAAGCCUGCCUGCACCUAGCUGCUAUCUCUGAUAUUCUUCAAGACAUAUACUGAGUGGGAAAAAGUUAUUCUUACAUUUUGCAACUGUUUGUGUGUGAUUGUUAUUUUAAGGGGGAGAAAAGGAGGUAAUACCAGGAAAAUCCAGUCUGCCUUAAAGCGACCUGGAUUACUAAAACGAAAAGGCUAAAAGUAGCCUAUCUGUAUGGGGAAGUUUUUAAUGUUUUAUGGAGUUUUUAUAUUUUUCUGGAAGCUGCCCAGAGUGGCUUGGGCAAAAAAGUCAGAUGGGUGGUGUCAGGGAACUGCCAUCAGUGCCGGAGGGAGAGAGAGAGCUCCAGAGGGAUCCCAGAGAGCGUCACGGGAUUGGGAGAGGCAGCCCAUCUUCUGGGGAAGGGAAUCAGCCCAGCUCCAGGAGAGAAGGGGGGCAGAUGGGGGACUCUGAGAGGGAGUCACAGGACUCCUUGCCUGGGACCAGCGGGGGGAGGAAGGGUCCUCCGCUGCCUACGCCUUCCUUGCGCAGAAGGCUUCCGCGCAGGGAAAGUAGGAGGCGACUGGGCGUGAAAUAACUUCUUUGCUGGAAGAAGUUUAAGAAACGCCCACUGACAGAUUCUGCCAGCGAUUGAGACAGCCACGGGUGAGUGGCUGUCCGGACAGAAAAGGUUCACUUAGGCAACCCAGCCAGGUGUGGGCACCGGCUUACGCACGAGCAACCCCUUGAACCACUACAGGUGGCAUAUCAUCAUCAUCAUCAUCAUCAUCAUCAUCAUUACUAUCAUUAACAACAUAUUACGUAUACCCUGCCCAUCUGGCUGGGUUUCCCCAGCCACUCUGGGCGGCUCCCAACAGAUUAAAAACAGAAUAAAACAUCAAACAUUAAAAACUCCCCUAAACAGGGCUGCAAAGGGAUGGCACUAUGUUGAACACACUAACGUGAGGGAGGAAGGAUAAUAUCUAAUAAAUAUAUCCUCUCCUAGUAUCUAAUCAAAUCCCAGCACAAAGCUUUCUUCAGCGUUUGCCCUCCUGCCACAGUCCUUUUUUAUUUACAAAGUAAUAAUCAUAAAUAAAUAAGAAUAACAAUGUGCACCCCACCACCGAGACCAUUCCGUUGUAACUAUCCAACCUCCCAAAAUUUCAACAUCUCUUGUGAUGGUUUGACCCCUUUCCGUUUUAACAGUACAAAUUCUACAAACACCUUCCAUAUCUCCUCAAAAUCAUUUCUCCUGCAUAUUCCCUGCCUUACCUUAAUGGCACAUGUUAAUUUAUCAUUAAUAGCUGUAUCCCAAACUUCUUUAUACCAUUCUUCCAAUUUAUAUUCUGCUUGCCCCUUUCAAUUCCUGGCUAUAAUAAUUCGUGCAGCUGUCAAUAAAUUUGUGAGCAAGCCCUGCAAAGCCUGCAAAUCUUCCACCCACCCCACCGUAAAUUGAUAAUAAUGCUACCUCUGGACUUUCGGUCAGCUUUAACCCAGUGAUUUCUGUUAUCUCCUUAAACACCCUUUACCCAAAACAUUGUACAUAUUUCCAGCACAUGUGAACAUAAUUCCCGGUUUCCUGGCAUCCUCGGUUUCCUGCCACAGUCCUGCCUGCAUUGUCACCGUGCUGAUUUACACUCAGCAAGCGGGUGGCGCUGUGGGUUAAACCACAGAGCCUAGGACUUGCUGAUCAGAAGGUCGGCGGUUCGAAUCCCCGCAACGGGGUGAGCUCCCAUUGCUCGGUCCCAGCUCCUGCCAACCUAGCAGUUCGAAAGCAUGGCAAAGUGCAAGUAGAUAAAUAGGUACCGCUCCAGCGGGAAGGUAAACGGCGUUUCCGUGCGCUGCUCUGGUUCGCCAGAAGCGGCUUAGUCAUGCUGGCCACAUGACCCGGAAGCUGUACGCCUGCUCCCUCGGCCAAUAAAGCGAGAUGAGCGCCGCAACCCCAGAGUCGUCCGUGACUGGACCUAAUGGUCAGGGGUCCCUUUACCUUUACCUUUAUCACAUCAGCUCUCUCCUGGCACUCGCUUCUCUGAUUCUCUCUCGACAGAUAGAGCCAAAGCCUGGAGACCUGAUAGAGAUUUCCCGUGUGGGCUACCAGCACUGGGCCAUCUACGUGGGUUCCGGUUACGUGAUCCACCUGGCUCCCUCAGGUAAGGUGCUCAGGCUUAUAUCGGGUGCAUGGCCAAGUCAGGCAGGGUUUACAGUUGCCAGCAUUGGAUCCGUUCUGGAGGCCCAUUCACAACAUGAAAAGAGUGCAACCUGCAGCAGUGCGUCUGCACAUGCGCGGGUUGUGAUUCGCCGCUUAUGUGCAUGACGUCAUUUUGCGCAUCUGCACAUGCGCGGGCGGAAAAACCUGAAGUAACCCUUUCCGGUAUUUCUGGGUUGCUGCGGGACAUAACCUGAAAGAACGUAACAUGAAGUGGACGUAACAUGAGGUAUGACUGUAUUUAUAUUUAUAGACAUAUUUUUUAGCUGAUUUUGCACCCCACCCCAUCGCCUGUGCCCCUGGCAGGGGCCCACCUCGCCAACCCCUAGCUACGGCCCUGGGCAUGAACACAGUUCAAGGACACAUUUAAGCCCAGAGAAAACACUCAAGGAGCAGGUGAAGUAAGAUGAGUUUGCAUUUGAUAUCCCACUUUAUCACUACCCAAAGGAGUCUCAAAGCGGCUAACAUUCUCCUUUCCCUUCCUCCCCCACAACAAACACUCUGUGAGGUGAGUGGGGCUGAGAGACUUCAGAGAAGUGUGACUGGCCCAAGGUCACCCAGCAGCUGCAUGUGGAGGAGCAGGGAUGCGAACCCGGUUCACCAGAUUACGAGUCCACCGCUCUUAACCACUACACCACACUGGCCAGUGAGGGUUGUGGCCCAGAGAGGGUAAAAUUUACAUUUGUUGCCCCACCUUUUUUUUUUUUUGCUGCACCCUGUUUUUGCCUCUGGCUCCACCCACCUCUGCCAUGUGGCCCCUGGGAAGUUGCCUAGAAGGGAAUGUGGCCCUUGGGGUGAGAAAGUAUCUCCACUCUAGUCCUACCUUAAAAGGGCUGCAUCCUCCAGACUUUAUUGUUUGGGAUGAUGAGGGUGAAGGGGGACAGCUAUUGGUCUUUUUAUUUUUUUAUUUUUGCUGAGAAACCAGACCUAUAGGAUCACAUUUGGCACAGCUAGUCUUCUAGUUCUGGUUUUGUGUAUUAAAAAGCUCAUCCUGUAUAACUACAUGGGUGAUUUUGAAUAAUGAAGGUAGCACAAGGACUGUCAAUUCUGAAGAAGAGUGAAUUAUCAAUGGUCAGGAUCCUUUCUUUAAAUGAUUCCUAUUGUAAAAGAUAUUGGAUAUCACAAUGGAUUAUGUUAUUACAGGCUGGUGAAACUCAGAUCCGGGAGGCGCUGGGCAAAUGUGGCCCUCUGGUCUUCUUUACCUGGCCCUUAGCACCCCUCACCAGCCUUGCUCCACACCCUCCUGUCUGGAAUGUGUCCUUGAAGUCUGAUCAUGCCUUGUGCUUGUCUGAAUGGAGGCUAGAGAGGAGUACAAAAACAGGCCUACUGCAUUACUGAUGUUCCCUUUGUGUCUUCCAAGAUGACUUAUACCAGGCCAGCACCUCCAGCCUGAUGUCUGCCCUGUCCGAAAAAGCCGUGGUGAAGAAGGAACUCCUGUGGAGCAUCGUCGGGGACGACGCAUGCCGCAUCAACAACAAAUACGAUCAGAAAUACGAGCCGCUCCCGGCCAACAAAAUCAUUCAGGAGGCGGAGGCGCUCCUGGGCAAAGAAAUCCGCUACAGCUUGGCCAGCGAGAACUGUGAACAUUUUGUCACCAGGCUGCGCUAUGGCACGGCUAGGAGCGACCAGGUGCGUAUCGAUGGGCCACAGCCGUGUCUGCAGUGUGCCAGAGAAGCACAAGUCUCACUGCUUCGAAAGGGCAGAGCAAUUUUGUGGCCUUCAGGAAAAAACGUUAAUCUUAUCAGCCCCUUUCUCCCAACGUAUUGGUGUAAAAACUCUUCCUGGAGCAGCUGUAGUGAGAAUGACGUUGCAUGUUCCCCAAUUGCCGAGCAGCUUAGGGACUCCAGAGUUUCCUGUGCAUAUGCAGAGUUCAGUUCUCUUGGAAUGAAGGUCACUGCAGACUGUGGUGCAUCUAGCAUACUGUAUAGGAUUUUAUUUACAUACACACACAUAUAUAUAACAGUGUUGUUUUUCUAGAAAAAGAGGUGCCGGAACUCACCGUGAAUGCCUCCCUUGUUCUCUUAGAAUGGCAAUGGCCCCCACCUGAGAGGUGCUGGAACUGAGUUCCGGUGAGUUCCGUCUGAAAAUAAAGCCACACACACACAGCAAAAUCUAGAGGAGGUGUGGGGAAACUCUGAACCAUCUAGAUCUUGCUGAACUGUAUCUUAACAUGCCCAUCAACCUAAGCAGACCCUCCAAGUGCCCCUAUUUUCCAGUGACAGUCCUGGAUUUACAGAAGCCAUCCCAGUUUCUGAUUUGAUCCUGGAAUGUCCCACUUUUCCUUAGGAUGUCCCUGUUUGCAUUGGAGGGUGUGGAGUUAUGCAACCCCCGAGCCAAGGAGAUAAGUAACUAUUCAACCUUUAGGAGACAUCUGAAGGCAGCCCUGUAUAGGGAAGUUUUUAAAUGUUGCAUUUUUAUUAUGUUUAUUAUUUUUUUAUAUAUGAUGGAAGCUGUCCAGAGUGGCUGGGGGAACCCAGUCAGAUAAAAUUAUUAUUAUUAUUAUUGACGACGUCCCUAUUUUCACUGGAGAAAUGUUGGCAGGUAGCCCAGCAACAUCUUAGAGGCCUACACAGCUUAACAGUUUCCCCUUCUGUGUUGUUUGCAGGUGAGAGACACCUUGGUUGCUGGCACAGUAGGGCUCUUCGGCGUAGGCCUCGUGGCCAUUGCGGCGACAGUGGUCAGCAGCUUACUCCUGCCCAGAAGGCACAGAGAGGAAUAAAUGGCUGCGCACUCCUCCACCAAUCCCCGUGGCGGGGAAUGCUCUCCUGUUAGAAACUUAGCCUCUUUCCUAGUCUGUUUCAAAUUCUGAAAUCAGCGCAGUUCAGGAGAUGACGCUUUCGUUUUUAAACGCAAGAUUCUGCUCAGUGAAGGUUAAACAUGUUGACUUUGUGCUGUUAUACCGGGAAUGUUUUCAAGGGCAUCUUAUAGAAACCUCACAGAUGCUCAGAGGAAGAGCGCAUGUCAUGUGGGGAGUGUGGGAAGUGUUCCCUGAAGGAGUGGAGAUGCUUAACUCUGUAAGUAAUAUUAUCCCAGAAAUCAAGUUUGAACACUGACAAGUACCUGAACCAUAGGGUUAUAGUCAAUGGUAGCCCUACUCAGAGCUGGCCCAUUUAAGUUAAUAGGCAUGCCUAAGCAAGGUUAAGGGACGUGGGUGGCGCUGUGGUCUAAACCACCGAUCCUCUUGGGCUUGCCAAUCAGAAGGUCAGCGGUUCGAAUCCCUGCGACGGGGUGAGCUUCCGUUGCUCAGCCUGUAAAGUGAAAUGAGCGCCGCAACCCCAGAGUCGUCUGUGACUGGACUUAACUGUCAGGGGUCCUUUACCUUUUUUUAAAGCAAGGUUAAUCAAUUUUAAUGGGUUUACUCUGAGCAGAACUUAGCUGCAUACAAGCCACAGAAACCAGUUCGCAUAUUUUAUUCCUCAAAGGAGGCUGGUAUGCCACAUUUGCACUCCUUGUUUCCCCACCACCUGAAGUGUGCUUGGUGGGCAUGACUGACACGGCCUUCUCAGUGGUGGCACCUGAGCUGUGGGAAUCCCCUGCUGCAUGAGAUUUAGCUAGCUCUCCUUUUUAUGUCUUUUUGGACACUAGAUAAAACAACUACUUUUUUCUUUUAAAGGGUACCCCUUUUCUAGAUAGCCACAUUGAGAGACAAGCUUGCGACAGCCUGUUUUAUGACUGCUGCUUGCUGUUUCUCUGCUUCUAGAAUUUUGUCUUAGGUACCUUUUGUCUGUUGACUUUUGUAAAAAAAAUAAAAAUGCCUUGUGGCUUCUGUUUUUAGAAUAGAAAGGUGGAUUUUAUUUUUUUAAAGUCUUAAUGAAAAUGUAAAUAAUUAUUUAAAAAAAUGUCUCCCUCUCUGGUCUUUAAGCAAUUGUAAAUGUGGAAUCGAAUUCCUCCUUAAUGUCUCCAGAGGAAUGGGGGGCUAAUUUAUUUCUCUGUAACACCUCAAUUAGUGAUGGUGAUGCAAUCCCUGGACACAGUGGUCAGCUGUCCUGGUCCAUUUUAUGUCCAGGGCAUCUAUCCACCAUCUCCAUCUGGUGUGCUUUCUGAGUGCCUGCCUGCGCACUGUCUCGCCAAAGUGGUACAUGCUCAGGUUAUCUCCUGCUUGGACUACUGCAAUGUGCUCUAUCUGGGGCUACCUUUGAAGAUGACCCAGAAACUACAACUAAUCCAGAAUGUGGCAGCUAGACUGGUGACUGGGAGCACAUAAAUAGCAACAGAUCAAUUUGAAAACAAUAUAAUGUAGACACCUGUGGCAGAGAUCUGUUUAUCCAGCUAGGAUAGCUUGUUGAUGCAACAUAUUGUUUCCAGUUACAGGUAGGUAGCCGUGUUGGUCUGCCGUAGUCGAAACAAAAUAAGAAAAAUCCCAGUAGCACCUUGGAGACCAACUAAGUUUGCUAUUGGUAUGAGCUUUCGUGUGCAUGCACACUUCUUCAGAUACACACUUCAGAUAUUUGAAGAAGUCUGCAUUCACACGAAAGCACAUACCAAUAACAAACUUAGGUGGUCUCUAAGGUGCUACUGGAAGGAAUUUUUUUAUAUUGUUUCCAGAAAGUGCAGGGGUGCCAACUUGAAUAAAAUAUUUGGGGGGGGGGGCAGGUAAGGGACCUUAGCCCCUUGGAGUUGGCUCCUAUGGCUGUUGUAUCCUAACAGGAACGCUGUUCCGCAGAACAGGGGCAGCCACACUGAAAGUCCUGCUCUGUGAAGUGGGCUUGUGAUAUCUUUGGAACUUGCAGAGGAAAUUCUACAGGAACCUCCGGCCCUCCAGAAGUUGCUGAACCCCCACUCCCAGCAGCCCCAUGGCUGGGAUGGGAACUGUAGUUCAGCGACACCCGGAGGGCCAAAGGUUCCCUAGCCCCAAUGUAAGGGCUAAGGCAGUCUCUCGAGUGACUUUGUCCCCACGGAUGAAGGAACUGAGAAAAAGCGAGUAAACACUUUCCCGAGUUGGUGGGGCAAAUGGUAUCAUACUCCCCCACUUCACAUAUCCCCCCCUCCCAACAGUAUUUAAUGGUUACUUGGUAACAGAUGAGGUAGCGCUUUCCCUGUGAUGUCACUCCAAGCAUCAGGUAGAAAAUGGGUGGUUAAAUUCAUUUGCCACAGGGAAAAAUUGACAGCCCACUGCAGGUACACAAGGGUUUGUACGUGGUUGGAAGGGGGGUUUCUGCCUCUAGUCUUCUCUACUUUAUCUGCGGUGGUUGCUGGGGUGUAUUGAAUUUGUACCUACCUCAAGCCCAACACUCGCAGAAGGAGGCCCUGACGUGUAAGUAAGAAAAGAGAUCUUCCAUCAGGGAAGUUAAGGGUAUAGGCUUGGUCCGCAGACACUGAGCUUGGAAUUCCGGAGUUCAGGAAUGAGGCAAGAUGUUCAGGACUGAGGGAAGAGGUCCCAGUGGUUUCUGUGCCCCCGGCCUCAUUUCUAAGACGAGGCGCGAUGGGCUCACCUGCUUUGCGGGACUGUGGAGAUCCGAAAUGAGUGCUCUCCUCCUCUUGAGUUGUCUCCCCAUCGCAGCCUCCUCCAGCCUCUGCAGAGACUUUCUGUUCUGCUUUGAGGUGGUGGGGAGGAGCCAGGACCCCUGAUCCGACUUCUAAAGUGGCUGGUUGAGGCCCACCAGGGAGACCCCACCUCCCACCAAUUAGCUCCUUCUCCUGGUUUCCUCCUGCUCUGGGCACUGCCAACACAAAGGCUUAUGAUGCUAUCGGGAGAACAGAGUCUCUCUCUCGGAUUCAUUUAGCUGUCAGAAUAUUGGUUUCCUUGCUUUGGGAUCUGAUGAUCUGCCCAUGCUAAGCCAAGCUGCCAAGCUGCUACAGUAUUUUUUAUAGAGCAGCCUUUGCCAGCCUGGUGCCCUCCAGGUGGAUAGCUCAGUUGGUUAGAGCAGGGUGCUGAAGACAACAAGGUUGCAGGUUCAAUCCCCUUAUGGGACAGCUGCAUAUUUCUGCAUAUUUCUGGACUAGAUGAUCCCUUCCAACUCUACAAUUCCAGGAUUCUAUGUUUCUAUUUUGGACUACAAUUCCCAUUAGCCUCACCAGCAGAGGGCAAAUGGGGUUGCAGUCAAAAAAACAUCUGGUUGGCGAGGACUGAUAUAGUCAUCUAUAUACAGGACAUUUGUUGAUUUAGACAGGCCCCUGCUCCCAAGGGGUUUACAAUCUAAAUUUUAGCCGAAGUUAAAUAACAGAAGUGGCAGGGAUGGGGAGGGCGGCAAAUACAGGCAAAGAGGGGCGGGCGAUUAAUGCAUAUUAAUUUUGGUUGAUUAAUCAUCUGUCUUUUAAAGUGAUUAAAUGGAAAUGAAUUUGCAAAUGAGAAAACGCACCUUGGGGUGCUGGAGAAAUCUUGUUGAAUAAACAAGCCGUAUCACUCAUUGUCAGAAGGAAAGGCCACCAGUAUUUAUUCAUUAUAUGUCCUAUUAUAGCAACAGGCCGGACCCAAAAUAGCUUUUCUGAAACAGACACGGCUGCCCUUGACUUUCAGCUGCACUGAUUAAAAUUGGUAUUAGUCGUAGCUGGAAUGGCAUUUAGGCAGCACUGUUUGAACAUUACAAGUCAUCCUGACGAUGGUCUUGCAAAGUAGGCCAUGAUUGUUACCCACUGCUCCCUCAUGUUGCAGCUGAGGCUGAGAGAAUAAUGGCUUAACUAAGGCCUCUUAGUGAUUUCAUGGAUGAGGUAAGAGGAUGGUCUUAGUCACUGCAUGCACCAGCUGGUGUGUGUGUAUACACAGAAACCAAAAUAUAUUGGUAUUUUCAGCCUUUUGUCCUGUUUGGUAUGACAUGGGUCCUGUGGGGAAGGCAGAGAGCUAUCUGUGUGUAGAAAGGAACUGACAUCUAUUUUGCUGAACUAUUGUCGAUUCCCACCUAGAGGUUUUGAGUUAAUAAAUAAAUAAAUAAAUAAAAAUAAAAUUUAUUACUUAUACCCCGCCCAUCUGGCUGGGCCUCCCCAGCCGCUCUGGGCAGCUUCCAACACAAUAUUAAAAACACAGUAAAACAUCAAACAUUAAAAUUUUCCCUAAACGGCUGCCUUCAGAUGUCUUUUAAAAUCCAUAUAGCUAUUUAUCUCCUUGACAUCUGAUGGGAGGGCACUCAAUAGGGCGGGCGCCACUACUGAGAAGGCCCUCUGUCUGGUUCCCCGUAACCUCACUUCUUGCAGUGAGGGAACUGCCAAAAGGCCCUUGGAGCUGCACCUCAAUGUUAAGGGAAGACUUUAUGCUGGAUGAUGCUCCCGAUUCAAGAAACCACAAUAAUCAUAGAUAUUAUUAUUAUUAUUAUUAUUAUUAUUAUUAUUAUUAAGAUUUAUAUACCGCCCUUCAUCGAAAGAUCUUAGGGUGAUUCGCUAGAUAAAAACACAAGAUAAAAGCACAAAUAAAUAGUUAAAACAGAAACAACAAAACAAUAACUCUUUUUUUUUUAAAUGAUAUUUAUUAAAGUUUCACAAAAAUACAGAAAACAAAGAAAAAAAGUGUAAAUUACAGCAAAAAAGCAAAAAGUAAGAAAAAACAUACAAAAUAAAACAGUUAAAAACACAAUAAUGUUCCAUAACCUAUCUUCCUUACUCUUAUUUCCCCAGACCUCCUCAUACCUCCCUUCUUUGUAUUCCAAUUCAGUUUGUUGGUUCAGCAAAUCCUUACCAUUAAUCUUUUACCCAAUUGUUAACCUUUUUUUUUCCAUGUCUCUUAAAGCAUUACAGCUAAAAACCUCUUAAUUUCUAUCCAGCAUCCUUCUAAAGUUCCUUAAUUUUACAAUAUUUCUGUAAAUAGUCCUUAAAUUUUUCCAGUCUUCUUUCACCGACUCUUCUCCCUGGUCUCGGAUUCUGCCAGUCAUUUCCGCCAAUUCCAUGUAGUCAAUCACCUUCAUCUGCCAUUCUUCCAAAGUGGGUAGAUCUUGUGUCUUCCAAUACUUUGCGAUAAGUAUUCUUGCUGCUGUUGUAGCAUACAUGAAAAAGGUUCUGUCCUUCUUUGGCACCAGUUGGCCGACAAUGCCCAAGAGAAAGGCCUCUGGUUUCUUCAGAAAGGUAUAUUUAAAUACCUUUUCAGUUCAUUAUAUAUCAUUUCCCAGAAAGCCUUAAUCUUUGGGCACGUCCACCAAAGCUGAAAGAAUGUACCUUCAGUUUCUUUACAUUUCCAACAUUUAUUAUCGGGCAAAUGAUAAAUUUUUGCAAGCUUGACUGGGGUCAUGUACCACCUGUAUAUCAUUUUCAUAAUAUUCUCUCUUAAGGCAUUACAUGCCGUAAACUUCAUACCUGUGGUCCAUAACUGUUCCCAGUCAGCGAACAUAAUAUUAUGUCCAACAUCUUGUGCCCAUUUAAUCAUAGCAGAUUUCACCGUUUCAUCCUGAGUAUUCCAUUUCAACAGCAAGUUAUACAUUCUUGACAAAUUUUUAGUUUUGGAUUCUAACAAUUCUGUUUCUAAUUUUGACUUUUCCACUUGAAAGCCUAUUUUCUUAUCCAAAUUAUAUGCCUCCAUUAUCUGAUAGUAGUGGAGCCAAUCUCUCACUUUAUUUUUUAAUUUUUCAAAACAUUGUUUAAUGUCUGGAUAAGAUACAAAGACUUAUUGGAAAAUAAAACCCCAAGGUGGCUGUCACCAAUGGAAGCAAAAGCUCUGAAAAGGCUCAAUAUGGAGGCCAAAUGGCCGACAUAUUGGGAAAUUUUGGAGCAAGAAGGAGAUAAAUUGAGACUGCAACAAAACAAUAACUCAAUGCUCAAGGCAGCUUACAACAUGACAAGAUUUACAUAAUUACGAAAGUCAUCAAUAAAUAAACCACAUCAAAAUAUACACAACCAAAUGAAAAACAAUUUCCACAUAAAUCAAAAUCUAAAACUAAGAAUACAGCAUUAAUAUCACAGUUUAAAUGCCAUAGGUAAAAAAUAACAGCAAUUAAAAAAAAAACAAAAAACAGAGCCCUCUCUGCCCAGCAGCAGCUCUUAUAUGGCCUGUCAGGCCCUGCCCUAGACCAGGUGGCGAGUGGCAGGACUGGGGUCCUCCUCUGAUGUGAAGCUUUUCUCACAGUUCCCCACCUGCUGUGUUUGCCUACAAUAAAAUUCCCCCUUUUUUUUGCAAAGGGAAAAUAUUUGGGGGGAACUAGUAGGGUUGCUGUCACCAUCUGCGCCACGAAAUUAAAAGACGCCUGCUUCUUGGGAGAAAAGCAGUGACAAACCUAGACAGCAUCUUAAAAAGCAGAGACAUCACCUUGCCAACAAAGGUCCGUAUAGUUAAAGCUAUGGUUUUCCCAGUAGUGAUGUAUGGAAGUGAGAGCUGGACCAUAAAGAAGGCUGAUCGCCAAAGAAUUGAUGCUUUUGAAUUAUGGCGCUGGAGGAGACUCUUGAGAGUCCCAUGGACUGCAAGAAGAUCAAACCUACCCAUUCUUAAGGAAAUCAGCCCUGAGUGCUCACUGGAAGGACAGAUCCUGAAGCUGAGACUCCAAUACUUUGGCCACCUCAUGAGAAGAGAAGACUCUCUGGAAAAGACCCUGAUGUUGGGAAAGAUGGAGGGCACAAGGAGAAGGGGAUGACAGAGGACAAGAUGGUUGGAUAGUGUUCUCGAAGCUACCAGCAUGAGUUUGACUAAACUGCGGGAGGCAGUGGAAGACAGGAGUGCCUGGCGUCCUCUGGUCCAUGGGGUCACGAAGAGAGAGUAGGGUUGCUGGAAACCACCGGAGGGGACAGAGCGCUUUUGUGCUCAGGUCUUGCUUGUGAACUUCCCAGAGGCAUCUGGGUGGGCAUUGUGGAAACAGGAAGCUGGGCUGGAUGGGCCUCUGGUCUGAUCUAGGUCUUGUGUUUUCAUUCCAUGCUCAUGGGAUUAUGGGAGCUGGAGUCCAGCUCUAUCUGGAGGACCACAAGUUCCCCACACAUCCUCUAAUAAGACGUAGAAAGUGAGCGUGCUUGGGCAAUUCUCCAUUCCCCACUCUAGGCAAAGGGUCUCCUAGGUGUGUUCCCAGCUGCCACGGCCUUCUUGGAAUAAAUUUUGCCUGACUGAUGUGUCAAUAUCCAGAGCAGCCUCAUGCAAUCUGUGGCCAGCUCACACCCAGCCCAACAACUGGAUGUUGUGUCUUGAUUCUCCUUUUCUUUUCAGUACCAGACAGGCAGUCACCCCUCUGAAAAAUAGAGGCCAUUACACAGGCCUGAUGGGCUUGGUUACCCAGAAUUGACCUAGGCACACUCCCAGGCUCUUGGAUCAAUGUUUAGAACAGGUGUUGGGAAUUUUGACCCUCCAGAAAUUGCUGAACUACAACUCCCAUCAUCCUUGGCCAUGCUGCUUGGGGCUGAUAGGAGCUGUAGUUCAGCAACAUUUGGAGGACCAGUGGUUCCCCACAUCCCUUUAGAGUAGGGUUCCCCAAACUUGGAUCUCCAGCUGUUGUUGGACUACAACUCCCAUCAUCCCCAGCUAGCAGGAUCAGUGGUCAGGGAUGAUGGGAACUGUAGUCCAAAAAGAGCUGAAGAGCCAAGUUUAGGAAACUCUGCUUUAGAGGAUGUUAUACUUGUGCUCUGAACCUCCCUCUCCCUCUCCGUCUUCUCUCACCCACCUCCUUUCAGACAAUCCAUGGCUGUUUCUUGUUUUUAUAAGUACUUGUAUGCCAAGUGGGCUGGGGUAGAGGGAGAGUAUAGGCAGAGUUCAGCCAGAAUCAGAUUCUUUCAGGAACUUGAACCAGGUCUUUCAGGACCCUGGACAGCAGAGCUCAGGGAGCAAAUGAUUUGAUCCCACUUGAGUGGGAUGUGUGGGAGAACUUUAACUCCCCAGAUAUUCAUCAGUCCCAGUCAGGAUGACCAGUGGUCCCAGGGAUCGUAGAAUCAUAGAACUGUAGAGUUGAAGGGACCACUAGGGUCAUGCUCUACCAACUGAGCUAUAUGAGUUGCCGUCCAGCAGCCUCUGCAAGGCCCAAACUUUCCCAUCCCUGAACUAGAGUUCAUGUUCUCAAGCCCUUCUCUGCACGCUGGGUGGGACCUCUCCUCCUCAGGUUCUGCCUCCUUGUUGAGGUGAGUAGAGCCUUAAAGGGGCAGCUGUCUAUCCUGGAACCUGGCAUUCUGUUAUGCUCUCGACUGCCUCACGCUCGGCAGGCUGCCUCUGUUAGUGAGCAGGUGUUGAUACAAUGCAAGGCCCUCACAGAAGAGAAGUGGGAGCCCCUUUUCCAGCCCGGGUCUUGAGGGAUGCAGACUCUGGGGAUCCAGGCUGAGCAGCAGGGCAUCAGAAGUAGGGGUCCCUGGUUUUGGACUACAAUUCUCAUCAUCCCUGACCACUGGCCCUGCUAGCGAAGGAUGAUGGGAGUUGUAGUCCAAAAACAGCUGGAGAUCCAAGAAUGUGCUGGAUUAUGCCCAUUUAGUCCAGCAUCCUGUCCUCAUGGUGACCACCCAGAGGCUUCUGGGAAACCAGAAUCUGAGCACAACAGCACUCUCUGCUGCCUGUGAGUCCCAGAAACUGGCAUACUGCCUUCUAUCGGACGAGGCAAAGCAUAAGGAGGUAAAGCAUGAGGUUGAAUCCUGACAAGACAGAAGUACUGUUCUUAGGGGACAGGGGGCGGGCUGGUGUGGAGGACUCCCUGGUCCUGAAUGGGGUAACUGUGCCCCUGAAGGAGCAGGUGCGCAGCUUGGGAGUCAUUUUGGACUCACAGCUGCCCAUGGAGGCACAGAUCAGUUCUGUAUCCAGGGCAGCUGUCUACCAGCUCCAUCUGGUACACAGGCUUAGACCCUACCUGCCUGCGGACUGCCUCGCCAGAGUGGUGCAUGCUCUGGUUAUCUCCCGCUUGGACUACUGCAAUGUGCUCUACGUGGGGCUACCUUUAAAGGUGACCCGGAAACUACAACUAAUCCAGAAUGCGGCAGCUAGACUGGUGACUGGGAGCAGCCGCUGAGACCACAUAACACCGGUUUUGAAAGACCUACAUUGGCUCCCAGUACGUUUCCGAGCACAAUUCAAAGUGUUGGUGUUGACCUUUAAAGCCCUAAACGGCCUCGGCCCAGUAUACUAUCCCCAUCGUUCUGCCUGGACGCUGAGGUCCAGCGCCGAGGGCCUUCUGGCGUUUCCCUCACUGCGAGAAGCAAAGCUACAGGGAUUAUUACUACUGUGGCUAUUAACCACCAAUAGCUUUAUGCCAGGGUUCAAACCUGGGACACUCUGUAUGCAUUUAUACGACACUUCACCUUCAUUGGCUGGCCCUUGAUUUAGUAGAUAUGAGAGGAAGAGGAACACAAGCUAUCUGUGCUUUACCCAAAUGCUUUCCUUCCUAGCUAUGCCCAUUGGAAGCCGACACUGAGAAUAACACACCAAGCCUAGUGAAGAUGAACGACGAGGAGCAAAACCACUCAGCCUUCUUCAUCAGGGUGAAGAACCCAGCUGAGCGGGUAAGUUGCCACCAGUGCACCACUUGAAUCACAGAGCUGGAAGGGACACUCAGGGUCAUCUAGCUCAACCCCCUCCAAUGCAGGAGAGUUGCUUGCGGGCAAGGGAAUUUGUGGCGACAGAGCAGGGUACUUUCUCUGUUGCUCCAGAUGUUGGGAUGUACCGAUGCAGUGGAGGCUAGUGCCCGCUGGCAACGAGGCCAACAGUAGGUGGAGCCAGAGCCAAUGAUAGGUGGAGCUGCACUGGCGGAGGAAGGGGGUGCGGUGGGUGUGGUCCACCUGGAAUGUCAUCCCUGGGGUCUGUGUGACAUUGCUGCCCCGCCCCCCUGGGAUGCUCGCCGUGGACAGUCUCUGUGGAGCUGAUUCCUUUUCUUCCCCUCUGAAUUCUACAAAGGCAACGCUGAGACUUAGGAGAAGGAGGCGGACAUCUGGAGUCGCCCACUGGGCUGGUUGUAAGGAAAGAGGCAUGCAGGUGGAGACUGGCUGAACUUGGCAGAGCAACCUAAUAAACCAGGGGUCAGCAACCUUUUUCAGUCCACCGUCCUUCAGACCAUGUGGUGGGCUGGACUAUAUUUUGAAAAAAAUAUAUAAACGAAUUCCUAUGCCCCACAAAUAACCCAGAGAUGCAUUUUAAAUAAAAGCACACAUUCUACUCAUGUAAAAACACGCUGAUUCCCAGACAGUCUGCGGGUCGGACUGAGAAGGCGAUUGGGCUGCAUCUGGCCCCCAGGCCUUAGGUUGCCUACCCCUGUAAUAAACCUAGAAGGCUGUGGACAGGGGUCCACAUCCCCGCUAAACCAGGAAGUGCAUUGGGUGAGACUGAACCAGGAGUUCAUUUAUCAGGUAGCCUAGUUCACAGAUUUGCUGUGAAGCUGAGGCAGGUUGGGAGGCAGGGGGAGAGAUAUAGCCUUGUAGGCUACCUUGAGUUGUUUGGUGAAAGGGCAGACUAUUAAAAGGAAAGGGAGAUGAUGAAGAAGAAAUGUGUAAUACAUACUCAUCUUCCUAUUUCUCUUCUUUUCCUGCUGAGCACAAAACUGCCAGCAGAGGGAGCUUCGUCAUAACUGGGGGUGGAGGGGGGGGGGGCAGAGAACCACCACCUCUGAAAUAUCCGUGCUAUGGUAUUUGUUGACUUUUGAGAGGGCCCUCCCCUCCCUACUUUUCAUCGAAGAUUUUCUUGUGUAACAAAAAAGUACAUACUGUAUAGCUUCUCCACUUUCAUUUCAUAGAGUCUUUCUCACAGUUCGUUUACAUGCGGUAAGAGACACUAUUGUCAUAGACAUUAUGCGGAAAAAGAGAGGAGACAGAGGUGGGGAGAGAUAAUGUUCUUUCAUUCUAGCGCAGGGUUUUUUUAGGGUGUGUGUGUGUUGACAUAUUUCAAACAGUGAAAAUCCAGACAAAAAAGGGUGGGUUGUUUACCUUUUUUACAUUUUGCCCAAAGGAGUUCUUUUGGGAAAAAAUGCAUUUUAAAAAAUGUUUUGGAGCUUCUUUAAAGUAAAAUUGCCGGAAACGGCACUGCCGACAAGGCUUGCCAUACAUCUGGAUUUUCCCAGAACUAUUGCAGGCUGGUUGGCCAGUUUGUAUGGGUCAGAUUAGGCAUAUUCAGUGCUUUUUUCUGGGGGUACACAUACCCCUAAAAAUUUUGUGAAUCUAAGUUUGGCCACAUUGAGGGGCAGUAUUUCAAUAUGAGUGGAAUAUGAGAGUACCCCAUAACAUAUUUUUUUUUUUUAAGAAAAAAAAAGUACUGGGCGUAUUAAUUCAUAUGCUGUGGUGGUGGUGGUGGAAUAAGUCAAUUCUAUUGUUGUGCUGUAUAUGUGAUAAAGAGGGGACAUGGGUGGUGCUGUGGGUUAAACCACAGAGCCUAGGGCUUGCUGAUCAGAAGGUGGGGGGUUUGAAUCCCCACAACGGGGUGAGCGCCCGUUGCUCGGUUCCUGCUCCUGCCCACCUAGCAGUUCAAAAGCACAGCAAAGUGCAAGUAGAUAAAUAGGUACCGCUCCGGCAGGAAGGUAAAUGGCAUUUCCGUGCGCUGCUCUGGUUUGCCAGAAGCGGCUUAGUCAUGCUGGCCACAUGACCCGGAAGCUGUACGCCGGCUCCCUCGGCCAAUAAAGCGAGAUGAGCGCCGCAACCCCAGAGUCAUCCGUGACUGGACCUAAUGGUCAGGGGUCCCUUUACCUUUAUAUGUGAUAAAGGGGAGAUACCGGGGUGAAGGCAUCCCCCUCUGCUUGUCCCCGUGCUAGCUUAAGCUUACGUUUGCUGGUUAACUUUUCUAAUAAUAGGACAUGGCGACAGAUACAAUCCGAAACCCUCACCAGACUAGCGUAACCAUUCCUCCAAAACAAACUAAAGAAAUCUCCUGUCUCUUUAAGAGCAGCACAGCAGGGAGUAGUUUUGCCAGUGGCAGCUUCUCUGCUGCAGCCAUGCAGUUAGCUGUGAUAAGAAGGAAGUGGUGAAAUUCCCCCCUACAGCACAGCUGUUUAAAAAGGCACAGGAAGUCUGGAUCCAGCAACCCAGAAAAAGGAUUUGCAAGGGUUUCGAUUCCAAAAUGAAUGGCCCUCUGGGCAGCUCAUGAGCAGAAUUUGGCAGGCGGGGGGGCGGGGCGGGGGGGGGCGCAGAGCCAGAUAAGAACAUGGCAAUGGCCAGCUGCCUAGAGGGUUCUCAGAAGUUGUGCUUGUGGACGUAUCUUCUUUCUGCAGUUAGCUGGGCAGACUGCCUCAAGGGCGCCAUCUAGGCUGCAGUCCCAGCCUGCCUGUGCAUUCGGUCAGUUAAUGGCCAAUCCAUUCCUGCUCGGCCAUUUAGGUGUCGCUGUUGACGACAUUGAUUUAAAACAGCCUUUCUCAACCUGUGGGUCCCCAGAUGUUGUUGAACUACAACUCCCAUCACCCCUAGCUAGCAAGGCCAGAGCUCAGGGAUGAUGGGAGUUGUAGUCCAACAACAUCUGGGGACCCACAGGUUGAGAACUGCUGAUUUAAAAACAACCAAAGGUCUCUCUAAAGAUGGACACUGUAUGAGAACUCUUCUCAUCUUCAACACCCACAGAAUUCCAACCAUAAUCAUGGAAAAGAAGGCUCACUUAGUGCAGAAAGGCUUCUUUCCAUACCAGCAUUUUGUAGACAAAUCAACCUACCCCCCCCCGCUUGCUCGAAAAGUAAUACUAUCUACUCGUCCAAAGUUGGCACUUGUUCUACAGCUAAAGAAGCUCUCAGUCAAUGGGAAGAUUUUUUCAUUGCCUACUGCAGUACCAAAUAAUAAUCGUGUCCCAGAUUCAUCAGACUGGUCAGUACCAGAGGAAGCGGAUUUGCUAAAUAACUUUACUAAGCUAACAGACGAAAAACAAAGUAUCAUUCUUAUCAAACUGAAGAAUUUACACUCCAGGUUGCUACAAAUAAAACAGCAUGGAAAACAACAUACCCCACAAGUGUCGCAGAAAAAGCUGAACAUCCUGUUUUUUAUCGCAAGAGAACGGCAGCCAUUUUGGUUGCCACAAUCUCAGGCAUUUUCACGGCACAAAAUCCCCCCAACUGCUUUUUCACGGUUGCAAUCUUCUGAGGUGCCCCCAAAUGCAUAUUUUGGGGUGCUGUGCCUUUAAAAAGCACUUUUGUGGUAGGGGGAACUACGUUGUUGUGGACCUCACAUGGUGCUGUGAGAUCACAGCAACCAAAAUGGCUGCCAUGCUCUUAUGAUAAAAAAUGGGAAGAUGGCAUCCGGGAAGAUGAUGUCCCAGAUUUUGGCUUGGAGGAUAUGCAAAUGCAGGCCACCCCCAGCAUGGUAUUGUGAUGGUUUAGAGCAGAAACUAAACUUUGUCUCCUGUUUUCCUUCUAGGAUGAAUUAAAACCUGGAGACCUCAUUGAGAUCUUCCGUUCUUCUUGUCAGCACUGGGCCCUCUAUGUUGGGGAUCGGAAGGUUGUCCACUUGGCAACUGAAUGUGGUGAGCUCAGCAAGACUCGUGGCCACUUAUCUCGGUUCUGAUGACCUAUCCCUAGAGUUGUGGUGGGGAGACUUUGGCACUCAAGAUGUGGUUGUACUCCAGUUCCCAACCACCCCUGGCUAGCGUGGGCAACUGUAAGGGGUGGUGGGAGUAGGAGAGUCCAAAGUUUCCCUUGUCUGAAUCCUGGGGGAGUUUCUCUUCUCAAACCACUGCAACGACUCCCCUUCUUACAAUUGCACUGUUGCUGUGCCUUUUAAGCAGAGGAUAAGCAGAGCAACAGCACCACCUACUGGCAGGCAUAGAAGUACCCAAACAAUGCACUUCAGCACACUGUGGUACUCUUCAGUUAGCUCCAAGGGAUUUAACACCAAGCUAGGAAGAGGGGGACGAGUUGUUUACAGUUCAAUAAGAGAUGCAAAGUUUACUGGUGUCAACAUGUGGUUGACAAGUGGGUGCCCUGGUCCAGUGGCGGAGCAAGCCGAUUGGACACCUGGGGCGGGGCAAGCCAGGGCAGGAUGCUCCGCGGGGCCUCUGAGAAGUCUGCCUGCCUUCUCCCACUCAGCCACCCUACAGCUGAGGGGGAGACGGCAAGCGGACUGUUUGGGGCAGCGUGGAGCCUGCGGGCGUCCAAGUCACCGCGUUAUUCCCAAGAGAGACGCAUGGCUUGGGCGUGCUGCAGGCCCCUCAGUGAGUGCCGUCUGGCAUUUUGUCACUCCCCUCAGUGGAGACACCUGGGGCGGACUGCCCCCACCACACACCCCUUCCCCCUGCCCUGGCUGUCAAUUGAAGUUGGGCCAUGGGCCCAUUUGGCCAAAAGGGGGCGGGGAGUGAGAGGAGGAGAGAAGGAAUGGGAGAGGGAGGGAGGGAGGGAGGGAGGGAGGAAGAAAGAAAGAAAGAAAGAAAGAAAGAAAGAAAGAAAGAGGUGAAGUAAAUACUGCAAAUUCAUAGAUCCCCUCAGGGCAGGUGUGGGCAGAUUCAGGCUCUUGUGGUGGUGGGGAUACUACCCAUUAGGUAUGCUAAUUGGAGUCAAGGAAAAGAUGGCUCUGGGGAGCAAGACAGAGCACAGGUGGGGACAAAUAUGCAAUCAUCACAAAGGGACUUAAUGGAAUAUUGAAUCCACUUCAAAAUAAUCAUACAAUAGCUCUUAUACUAGCUCCUCUCUUUUUCAGUCAGGGCUACAAGACUUCUGAUGCACCUGUUAACUUUGCAUCUCCAUGGCUGCCUGGGCCUUGCGAAGUCUCUCUGCAUCAAUCCAGUUUUAACAUAUACCAGCAGCCUAGUAACUGGUGUUGCUCAGGAAUUCUAAGAAACCUCAAAAUAAAUGCAGCUUCGAAAGGUUCAGUCCUGCACCUGCAUUCAAAAUGGCACCCAAAUUGUAUCCAAACACAGAUGAAAAAUGAGUCCUUGAGAUUAACAACCACCAUGCCAAAUUUGGGUGCAAUCUAGACACAUUUUUAAAAAACACUUAGAAAAUGCUUCUUUAAAAAGCUUUUUGGAAAAUAUUGAAUUUGCCAUAAGCUCACAGUCACCAUCUAGUGUCACAUUUGCAUAAUGCACUUAAAAACACACUUAAAAUGUCUCAUUUGCAGCUGUAUAGCUGUCUCCUUAGUUAAAGCCACUGCAAUUUUGAAAGGCGCAGUUUGCCAUCUUGAUUAAAAAUGGCAUCCAGUCACUACCGAGCGUAGAUAAGAAACCUGCUCCUUGAUCUCAGGAACCGUAAUGGCCAACUUGGUUACGGGAUCUUAAGAGGUGUCUGAAUGCCUAGAGAACAGAUGGGGAGACAGGCAAGCUUUCCGAGAGAUAGAGAUGUGCUGUUUUCGUCCCGUUCUCACUGUCUCUCCCCACUCUUCCUUCUCCUCCCCAGGUGACCAUCUUCCGGAUGGAACUCCGAAUGCCUUGGCGGUCUUGCCCGACAGAGCUUACGUAAAGAAGGAUUGGCUGGAAGAUGUCGUGCGGAAGGACCGGUACCGGGUGAACAAUAAACAUGACGAGACGCAGCCGCCGCUCCCCCUGGCCAAGAUACUCUGGCAGGCCGAGGAGCUGGUGGGCAAGGAGAUGCCCUACACCUUCAACAGCCCCAACUGCGAGCAUUUUGUUAUGGAGCUACGAUACGGAGCGGAAAUGAACGAGCAGGUGCAGUGGGCAGGGCAGGGAAGAAGGCCUGUCAGCAUACAUGGGAGUUGUAGUCCAGCCACAUCCAUUGACUAUUGGCAUUGGCUACCCCUGGGGUGAUAGGGACUCGGGUUAAACCACAGAGCCUAGGACUUGCCGAUCAGAAGGUUGGCGGUUCGAAUCCCUGCGGCGGGGUGAGCUCCCGUUGCUCAGUCCCUGCUCCUGCCAACCUAGCAGUUCGAAAGCACGUCAAAGUGUAAGUAGAUAAAUAGGUACCGCUUCGGCGGGAAGGUAAAUGGCAUUUCCGUGUGCUGCUCUGGUUCGCCAGAAGCGGCUUAGUCAUGCUGGCCACAUGACCUGGAAGCUGUACACCGGCUCCCUCGGCCAAUAAAGUGAGAUGAGACCACAAUCCCAGAGUCGGCCACAACUGGACCUAAUGGUCAGGGGUCCCUUUACCUUUACCCCUGGGGUGAAGCACUGGGCAUGGAACCAGAAACAGCAAUCUUGGCCACAAAAGGAAAUGCUACCUUUCUGUCUCAUCUCUGGGAGAUGGGCAAGCAGCAGCCUUUUAGCCCCACCCAAAAACCCCACUUCAAUCUUUCUUUAAUUUCCUUUUUCUUUUCUUACCUGUAGGAUGAAAUUAAACCUGGCGACCUUAUUGAGAUCUUCCGCUCUUGUUAUCAGCACUGGGCCAUCUACGUUGGGGAAGGCAAAGUUGUUCACUUAGCUCCUGAAUGUAAGUUUCCAUGAAAACCCAUCAGCCCAGGACAAAGCCCAUGAAAUACCUUGCUCCUACAAUGUCUUGGAGUGGAAUGAAGCCUGUUAUACCUUCAGGGACAGACCACACCCACUCAGGCCUCUCCCCUUCCUUGGGUUGCAGAAGGCCUUAAAGGGGCAACUCCGUGGCUUGGAUCCUAACACUCCUUCUUAAGAAUUAUUUCAUGGCAAGAGCUCCUAGGAUGGCUUAUGGGCAGGGGCGAAACUAGGCUUUAUUUCACUCAGGUCAAAGACCAAGUUUGGCAACCCCUCACGCAUAUUCACAUGUGCGCGCGCACACACACACAGAGGCUGGAAGCCUCAAUGACACCCCUCUGGGGGCUUCACCUGGGGCAAAAAACCUGGCUAAGCGCCUCCCCCCCCACCAUGGCUGUGCUUGUGCGAGAGGUCUGAGCUGUUCAGACUUUGUAACAGAAUGACAGCAAGAACCAUUUAUCAUAAGGUUACCAGAUUUUUAAAGGGACGUGGGUGGCGCUGUGGGUUAAACCACAGAGCCUAGGACUUGCCGAUCAGAAGGUCGGUGGUUUGAAUCCCCACAACGGGAUGAGCUCCUGUCGCUCGGUCCCUGCUCCUGCCCACCUAGCAGUUCGAAAGCAUGUCAAAGUGCAAGUAGAUAAAUAGGUACUGCUGCAGUGGGAAGGUAAACGGUGUUUCUGUGCACUGCUCUGGUUUGCCAGAAGUGGCUUAGUCAUGCUGGCCACAUGAUCUGGAAGCUGUCUGUGGACAAACGCCGGCUCCCUCGGCCCAUAGAGCGAGAUGAGCGCCGCAACCCCAGAGUUGGCCACGACUGGACCUAAUGGUCAGGGGUCCCUUUACCUUUACCUACCAGAUUUUUUCCAAUGAAUCUGGGGACACUUUUCAACUUCAAUGGAUUUUGAAUGGGGACUGAUUUGUAAAUCUGGGGUCUGUCCCCAGGAAACAGGGACAUCUGGUAACCUUAAUUUAUAACACACACACACACACUUUAGAGCAUUUCCUGAUACUCUGUGCAGAACUCCAAGGAUUGUACAUGGCUUGUAGAAGGCACAAGUGCCGCCUGCAACAAAGUGUUGCUGCAUGGAAGUGCUUCUGUUCAGUGGCUCUUUCAAAUACUCUAUUCAAUUGGAAGGCCUUUGGUCUGAUCCAGCAGAACUCUUCUGAGGGUCUCGAAGGGCUGCUGCAGGAAACUUUCAUGGCACCAGAUGUUGCUGAAAUCCCAUCAACUCCCUUGGUCAUGCUUGAGGGGGCCUCUGGGAGUUGUAGUUCUGCAACAUCUGGAAGGCCAAAGGUUCCCCAUGCCUGCUGCAGCGAUCAGGAACCUGUGGUCCUCCAGAUAUUGCUGGACUACAGUUCCCAUCAUCCUUGGCUAUGCUGACUUAAGGGCCUGAUGGGAGCUGGAGUCCAGCAACAUCUAGAGAGACUUCACGUUUCCCUGUAGGAAGGCAUUGUGGGAGCCAAAAGAUGAAAACAAGUUUCCUUUAAAUAGAGUGUUCCACCAGAGGGUCUAGUGGAAUAAUAGUGGAAACAGCAGCAGCAGCAGCAGCAACAACAACCAUCUUAAUGGCAGGAGGGUGAUCAAUGUGCUCCAAAUUUUUGCUUCCCCAGAUCUCCCUAUUUUAAUUUGUCCUUUCAGUUCUUCCUGCCCUGUUUGCAGAUUCUGAGCCCCUGAGAGUCUCCCCACCUCUUUCUUCCUUCCCUCCAACAGGCGACCGUCUUGCAAACGGUGCUGCCAGCGUACUGGCGGUCUUGUCUGACAGAGCUUACGUGAAGAAGGACUGGCUUGAUGUUGUGGUGAGGAAAGACCAGUUCCGAGUGAACAACAAGCACGACCUCACGAUUCCUGUGCUGCCACUUGCCAAGAUCCUCCAGCGGGCAGAGGAGCUGGUUGGGAGGGAGAUGCCCUACAAUCUGACGAGCCACAACUGUGAACACUUUGUGAUGGACCUGCGAUAUGGAGUUGCAAUGAGUGACCAGGUAGAAUUGCAAAAUGUAGAGCUGGAAGGGGCCCAGUCUAGUUCAGUCCCCCACCCUGCAUUUCAGAAAUCACAGCAAAUUCCGAGGACUUCUGUUCCACUGCAGAACAGCUCUUACCCUCAGAAAGUGAUUCCUCAUGUUUAGUUGGAAUCUCCUUUCUUGAAGUGAGACAGUAUUAGGUAAAGGUAAAGGGACCCCUGACCAUUAGGUCCAGUCGUGACCGACUCUGGGGUUGCGGCGCUCAUCUCGCUCUAUGGGCCGAGGGAGCUGGCGUUUGUCUGCAGACAGCUUCCAGGUCAUGUGGCUAGCAUGACUAAACCGCUUCUGGCGAACCAGAGCAGCGCACGGAAAUGCCGUUUACCUUCCCGCUGGAGCGGUACCUAUUUAUCUACUUGCACUUUGACGUGCUUUCGAACUGCUAGGUUGGCAGGAGCUGGGACCGAGCAAUGGGAGCUCACUCCGUUGUGGGGAUUUGAACCGCCGACCUUCUGCUCAGCAAGUCCUAGGCUCUGUGGUUUAACCCACAGCGCCACCCGCGUCCCAUGAGACAGCAUUAGUUCAGCCUCAAUGUUUUUCCUUUCUACAACAUGGAAAUAAGGCUGGAGUCUGACAUUUAUAACAACAACAACAACAACAACAACAUAUUUUUUAUUUAUACCCCGCCCAUCUGGUUGGGCUUCCCCCCAGCCACUCUGGGCAGCUUCCAACAAAAUAUUAAAAUACAGUAAUGCAUCAAACAUUAAAACCUUCCCUAAACAGGGCUGUCUUCAGAUGUCUUCUAAAAGUCUGGUAGUUGUUUUUCUCUUUGACAUUAGGUGGGAGGGCGUUCCACAGGGCGGGUGCCACUACUGAGAAGGCCCUCUGCCUGGUGCCCUCUAACUUGGCUUCUUGCAGUGAGGGAACCACCAGAAGGCCCUCGGUGGUGGACCUCAGUGUCCAGGCAGAACAAUGGAGGUGGAGAUGCUUCUUCAGGUAUACUGAAGAGAAAGAGGGAGGAAAGUAAAGGUGGUAUGAGGGAGGCUUCUUUCUUUCUGCUUUACAUUUCCUUUGUUAUGUUGUCAUGCCUGGCUCAGACAGGUUUCGCAGGUUCCUGAAGCAAGGCCAAAAACCUGCAACACCUCUUUGACCAGAAAAGAGAGCAGAAUGAGCAUGUUCACUAUGGCAGCAGUGAUGUCCUUUUUUUGUAGCGCUUUCAACUCUCUGCAGCAAAAAUCCCAGUACAACUGCUGCUUCCCUUUCACCCCAAAGGCUACCUACCCUGUUAGAGCUAAUGCAUUGCACUUAGUAAACUGUAAACCAGGAAGUCUCUGGUUCAAGUGUGGCCUCAAAUUCACUUGAAGUGAGGCUGUGUUCAUUCAGCCUCAGUGUUUUCCCCUUCUGCAAAGUAGGGAUCCCGAUCCCGCCCUACUUUACAAGUAUGGAUGGGGGAUAAAAUUGCAUUUAAAGGUAAACACACUGAAUCGGGGCUUUCCAAAACAACACACAAACUGAAACACAAUUAUCUUUCGAAAUUCAUGCUCCUCUGAAUUUUGCAAUGUUGUUCUCCAGGCAAGAAAUGUGUAGGAAAAAAUGCACAUUUGGGGACAAAGUGUGCAUAAAACAGCAUAAUUAGUAAAGAAAAAAAAAACCUGGGGAAAAAAGCAUUACAUUGGUGGAAAACUGCAUGGAUAAAAAGUGCACAUUUUGCAAAAUUGCAUACGAAAACGUGUGCGUAUAUAGGAGAUAUUCAUACUGAAAUGCCGAUGAAUUUGCAAACUGAGAUGGAAAUGUUGAGGAAAAAUGAGAAACAGAGAGAAAGUGAACCAGUCAGAUGGACCCAGCUGCACCACAGUUCCCAGAGAUCCCUGCAAAGAGGAACUGAUUGUUAAACUACUCUGGGAAUUGUAGCUUUGUGAUGGCAAUGGGGGACUCCUAACAAUUCUUAGCACGCUCAGGAUUUUUUGGGUGUGUGUGUGUGUGAGCCACAACUGUUUAAAGUGGGUAUAAUACCUCUUUAAAUGUAAGAUGGGGUCAGAUUCAGCCAGCCCUCCUUGCAAGUCUGUUUUGUAAGCAUUUAUUAGAAGAAUGGAUAUGAUGUGAAGAUGGGGCGUCUCCACACUUUUGUUUGCCCAGCCGGGAAAACCAGGGGUUUGGCAUAUGUGAUGAUUUAGCGGUAAAGAGCGGUUUAUCCAAAAGAAAACGGUGGGGGGAAAGGUAAAGCCGCUUAGACACAUGACAAGUGGAAGUGUGUGUUGGGCGUGUGACAUCAGUGUGCGACUUCUGUGAAUCUCUCUCUGACUCAUAGCCCACCCACUGUUCUCUCUCAUUUUCUUACAGGUCACCGAGGCCAUUGCUGUGGGGACAAUUGGCAUGAUGGGUGUGGCAGCCGCCAUGAUCCGAUCUGCGGCGAAGAGGCGCAAGCACCGCUACGAAUAG